UUAAUCGUAUUGCUGAAUGAAAUCAUAGCUGCAAUGUUCCACUUAUUUUCGAAAAUAUUAUUUAUGUGGUAAAUAUGGAAAUGAGAGAAGAAAGAGGCAAUCCUCCGUAGUCCGUGCGGUGCUCAAGAUAUUGGAUUCGUUCCCAGUUUCUUUGGAAUCUUUUUUUUUUAUUUAUCAUAAAAAAUGGGUUUCGCCGUUAUGAAUCCUCCACUCUUAGCCUCAUCACAUUUAAUUAAGGCGUCAUUCCUCACGCGCGGUUUGCACUCGGAUUGUCGUAAACGCCGCGCCAUUUCCAUGAAUUGCCAAGCGACGGCGGAGAAAUCUGUUGUGUCUGGCAACAGAAUGUUGGUGUUCGUCCCGCCGCACCCUUUGAUUAAGCACUGGAUUUCAGUUCUUCGGAAUGAGCAGACGCCUUGCCCCGUAUUCAAGAAUGCUAUGGCUGAGCUUGGGAGAUUGCUGAUAUAUGAGGCAUCAAGGGAGUGGCUACCAACUAUCAGCGGAGAGAUCCAGUCGCCAAUGGGUGUGACAACUGUGGAAUUUAUUGAUCCAAGGGAACCCAUUGCAAUUGUGCCCAUAUUGAGAGCUGGCCUGGCUUUGGUAGAGCAUGCACCAUCAGUUUUGCCGGUGGCAAAUACGUAUCAUUUAGGUAUCAGCAGAAAUGAAGAAACACUUCAGCCAUCUGUAUAUUUGAACAAGCUGCCAGAUAAAUUUCCUGAAGGCUCUCGAGUAUUUGUGGUGGAUCCCAUGCUUGCGACAGGUGGUACUGUGGUUGCAGCGAUACAAUUGAUAAAGGAUCGAGGUGUUGACAACAAGCAAAUAAAAGUGAUAGCUGCUGUUGCUGCUCCUCCUGCCCUUCAGAAAUUAAGCGAGAAGUUCCCAGGGCUUCAUGUGUAUGCUGGAAUCCUCGACCCCACUGUUAACGAGAAAGGGUUCAUAAUUCCUGGACUUGGAGAUGCAGGCGAUCGUAGCUUUGGCACAUAAAUCUGGCAAAGUGUUCUUUCCUUGUUACCCCCAAUUUUGUUACGACUAUAAGACAAGGCAAUUCAAAUCAAAGCCCAAUGGCGAUGAGGGCACUUCUUUCUUCUCUACCAUUACAAAUGAAGUAUCAUUUUGUUCUAUAUGUCAGUUUGUAUCUGGCUUCAAUUAUUUGACAUUGUAUUAGUUUUAUUUUUUGGUGUUAUUUUCAAUGAAAUUACUACAUUAUUGCAAA